AUGCGUGAAAAUAAUUUGAUGAGCACAGAUUUAUUUGAUACCAUGACCUCUAAAUCACUCUUUUUGGGACUCAGAUCGUUGGUCAGACUGGACUUAAGAGGAAAUCACCUACAUAUUUUAGCACCAGGAACUUUCAACCCCAUGAAGAGACUUGAAGAACUGCUCCUCUCUCAGUCAUCUAUUAAAGUCCUAAUUCCCAGUGUAUUUGACAGUCUGACUUCUCUCACAAAAUUGGAUCUUCGUGACAAUGAGAUCUCAGCACUUCCUGGAGACUUAUUUCAAAGUCAGUCCAGGCUUGGAGUCUUCUACAUAACCAAUAACAAACUUGAUUCGAUUCCCAAGACCCUAUUCAAUAGAACCCCAUCUCUGCACCACCUGUUCAUGCAGCGCAACAGAAUCACCACAAUAGAACCUGGAACAGUAUUUCCUACAAACAGGACAACAAGGUUAGACGCAUCAGGAAACCCUUUCUCCUGUACAUGCGACUUGAGUUGGUUUGUUGAGUGGCUACGUUUAGGCAAUGUCGAACUCAUCCAUCCUGAUGACACACUUUGCUCACUCUCUUCCAUCGAAGACAUGGUGCAAUCACCAAUCCUCUCAUUCCAUCCUGAUCAAUACUGUGGCAUUAAUAUCCUCAUCAUCACAGGUGUGUCCUUCUUCUUUGUUCUGGUGGCCAUCCUGUGCUUGGUGGCAUAUCGAAAACGUUGGUGGCUCAACUACAAGCUCUUCCUCCUAAAACUUGCCAUCUUUGGCUACGAGGAAAUCGACCAAGAAUUUGAUGCCCAGGACUACGAGUACCAGCUCAACCUGAUGUACGAUGAGGAUGACCAGGAAUGGGUGGACCAGAUCAUGAAGCCAGUCCUGCAGGAGAGGUUUCCACAUCUCCAGAAAGUGGCCUUUGGCGAUAACAACCUCAACAUCGAGAUGUUCUACAUCCCAGCUCUCCACUACGUUGUUGAGAACAGCUUAAAGACUGUCCUCUUUAUAAGCAACAACUCUGUGGAUGAAGCCUGGUUUCUGACCAAGCUACGCAUAUCCCUAGAGCACCUCAAUGACACCAGACUGGACAAAGUCAUACUGAUUUUCCUUGAGGACAUCCAGGAUGAUGAUCUCCCGUACCUGGUCCGGUUGUUCAUGAGUAAGAACAAACCCUACAUGCUGUGGACAGAGGAUGAAGAUGGCCAGGAACUCUUCUGGGCCCAGUUUGAAAAGAGCAUGAGAGCAAACAGGAGAGGAGAGAAAGGGAAAAAAGAAGAGAAAGAAGAAAAGAAAAGAGGAAAGAAGGAGAUCAGGGGGGAUUUGCCUUCCAGUGGCGAUGCUGAGAAUCUCUUUUGA